AUGGCGAGGAUCAGAGGCCACACAAACAAGGAAAACGAAGCAAGAGGAUACUCUUCUUUGCCUUCCUUCUACCGGGAACGCUUAGAAGAUUCUCCUCGUUGCGCCCAAAAGGCCGCCAAUCUGGAUUUUGAAGCGCGCAUUCCCGUCCCCUUCAGCGUCUUCCCCUCCACCUACAAGGAGAGCGAGACACAAACCCAGACCCAGACCCAGACAGUAACCACUACCCACGAAGAGCUUGAGAUCAAACUCCCCGAGAAGCCUCACAAGCCCGGACGGGAAGGUCACGUCUCUUCGUUCCCUCAAGAACAACUUCCCCCUCCCAGGAAGGACCACCGCGUCACCGAAGAGGUCCGUAUCGAAGAACACUACCACCGUCCCGGUCCCGGUCCCAAGGUCGAGUCCCACACCUACGUUGAGGAGUUCCGCCCUGUCCACCAACACUUCCACAACACCACCAACGAGUUCAACAACGACACUCGUGUCCAAGUCGACCACCGUCACCACGAGCACCUGGUAAACCCGAUUGAUAGAAUCGAACGCCAGUACCGUCAACGCGCUCAGCCCAGCUACUACCGCGAAGAGGUCACCAUCGAGCAACGUCCCUUGGCUUUGCCCGCUCACUCUCACCACUCCUCCGGUUCUUCUCAGGUCUCGGGUCACUCCCACAAGUCCGACCACUCCUCCUCUCACCACUCCCACCACUCUCACCACCACCACUCCGACCACCACUCUCACCUCUCCUCCCACUUCCCCUCUCACCACCACCACCACCACCGCCCCGCCGCUUCCCACGUCGACGAGUACACCGUCGACUCCGAGCGCCCUCGCCCCCAGGAAUUCAAGGAGACCAUCAAGGUCACCGAAGAGACUAUCGAACCCUCCCACGUGUCUGCCCCCCAGCACAAGUCCGACAAGAUGGGUUACUACGACGAGCAAGGCAGCUCCACCGGCUACGAGAUCGCCGAGAUCCGUGGUGCUUCCCGCCCUUCGUCCCCCGGCAACACCGGUGCCCCUCUCCUCCCCAACACCGUCACCAUCCCCUGCCACCACAUCCGCCUCGGUGACUUCCUGAUCCUCCAGGGCCGCCCCUGCCAGGUCAUCAAGAUCUCCACCUCCGCCGCCACCGGCCAGUACCGCUACCUCGGUGUCGACCUCUUCACCAAGCAGCUUCACGAGGAGUCCUCCUUCAUCGCCCACCCCUCCCCCAGCGUCGUUGUCCAGACCAUGCUCGGCCCCAUCUUCAAGCAGUACCGCGUCCUCGACCUUUCUGACGGCCACGUCACCGCCAUGACCGAGACCGGCGACGUCAAGCCCAACCUGCCCGUCAUUGACCAGUCCAACCUCUGGUCCCGCCUCAACAGCGCCUUCGAGUCCGGCCGUGGCUCCGUCCGCGUCCUUGUCCUCAACGACGCCGGCCGCGAGCUCGCUGUCGACGUCAAGGUCAUCCACGGCUCCCGUCUGUAA